AUGGCGCAGGGACAUCAUUGGCCAAGCUGGGUCAGCAAUCCCACCGGAAGAACAGUGCUUUCAACUCACGACCACCCCGAAGAAAUGGAUAGAGGGGUAACAGACCUUUGGAGCGAGAAUGCUGGAUUAACCGACGCAGAGAUGGAAGAAGUAGACGAUGAUCUCACACAUCCAGGACCAGACACCGAAUCGACAGCAUCGAUGGAAGACCGAAUGGCUCAGCAAUUAUACCAAAUUGAUUUCCUUAAAGAUGUUGUCACGUCGAGAGACCAGACUAUUCGGGAUCUGGAGGGAAGAUUGCAAGCCUACAAGCAGCAUUUUUUGCGUGUACAAGCGCAGAGUGCAAUCGACGAACAGCAGAAAAUGAUGUUGGCCAGUCUUCGACGUCAAGUGCACGCCCUGGAGAUCGACCGCGACAAGGCUCUUGCGAUGUCAAAAACACGAUUGGAGGAAUUGCGCGCAGUCAACGUGUAUUUGACUAAGGCAGAUGCGGUCUCCGAGGCAGAUGUUAUCAGGAUGGUAGAAAGACUCAAUUUCGAGAUCUUUCAAACGGCAUGCGCCAUGGCCGAAGCAUUCGCAGAGCAAAUACAACCUGUCGAUGACAAGAAUGCUACCAUAUCAGGGGUUGAUGCCGCCGACAAGAGACUUUGCGAGCGGGCAGGGAGUGCGAUUGGACCCAUGAUGAUCUCCCUAUUGAAGCGGAUGGCGAGAAAACAAAAUCCAAUUGGUUUGCAGAUUGCAUUCCAAGCUGUCAUCACCGUUGUCGCUACUAGAAACUUAGCCCUGUGGUUGUUUGGACAUGGCGAUGUUGAAACAGUGUUCUGUAAGGUAUCAACUGAAGUCGAAAAAGGAGAGGACCAGGCGCUAUCGGGACGGUGGCGGGCCAUUACAAGUCAUUAUACACAACGCCUCUAUCCCGUGGACACAGAUCGAGUUACGUCUCAGCUUAUCCGCCUAUCACUAGACAUUUUGCGUAUCUCCGGGGUAUCUGAGAGAGCGCUCUCGAAUGUCAAGGAGACGUAUGGACCAAGGAUGCGAAGAAUCUUUGAUCUAGUAGUCUCGGUGCGCAAGACCAUCGGAGAGGAGAUCACCACCUGCACGUUUCAGCCCAUAGUGGCGACUAGAGGGCUGGGAUUCUCCCCAGACACGAUGAUCGACGAAUUUUCUCCCAAUGACUAUAGGAUCCAACGAGUUUUGUGUCCGAGUGGGAUUGGACUGGAACGUCGUGAAAAAAUAAACCAUAUCGUAGGAGACCCGACGGAGAACCGUAGAACGAUCUUGUUGAAAUCUAAGGUGGUGACAGAUAGUAUCGUCAACGAGUUGGAGUAA